GAGUAUGAAUACGGGUAUAAGGCUUCUGAACAUAUGUUUCUUAUAUGUAGAAGCUUCACAGAUUGAUCCAUCAUUCAACAGACCAAUCAUACCCUUUUCAAUAUGGUUAAUUAUGGAGUCUACUUUUUUAAUAACUUCUCGGUUAACUAGCUCUUUAAGGUUCACAAUUGAGCUCAUAGGCAGAGGGGUGACGGUAGUAGGAUUCCGGUUGACUACAGGGUUUUUAGAAAGUUGUGUGGUCUGAAAGUGGCCAGCUUAAUCGAAAAAAGAGAUCGAAUUACUUUCCUGGCCUCGUCCACAACGGUAAGGCUAUGGAUACUAUCCAGGAUUGGUCUUGAAGAAACUCCACAUUUAAAUCCUGCCCCCUUAUAUGAAAUACUUUCUUCAGCCAUUACACGUGACUUGUUUUUGUAGAGCUAAGCACGGACAUCUAAAGGAAUCGGCGCGAUAAUCAUAGGCAGAGCAGUUAACGCAGUAUUGUAACGCUAAUCCAAACGUUAUCAGCAUGCCCCUCGCCGCAGUUGGCGCAUCUUAGAGAACUCCUGCAAUUAGAAGAGACGUGACCGAACCGUUAACAGGAGAAACACCAGAUAACAGAACGAAUGUAAGUUUUAAUGGGGUAUUCUACUAGUCAAAUGUUAAUGCUGUCCGGCAAGAUGUCGCCAGCAAACACCAACUUAAUAGCCGAUGAAGAAACCCUUGAAACCUUGGACCCAGAUGUAUCUAUAGUGGUAUGAAAAAUUCUUUCCAGUCUAAUGACCUCCUCAGAGUUCGAGUCCUGAGACAAAGGAACGAUACCCUCUCGGAUACAGUCAAGGGAAAGCUCAGGGUCCACGUUUCUGAUCACAUCCACUUUUGUAGUUCUAAAAUCAAGAACGUAAGCCAACCAUUCGUUACCAGAAGACUGAAUGGAGUCCACGAAGUUGUUUGCACUCAAGAAAGAGUCAAAGGGUAUCAUUAUCUGUCAUCUCAGGGAGGCAGUCGGCAGGCUCUCGCUGAAGAAUCAAGAGACAAUAAAGAAGUUAGGGAAAAGACAUAUCCGUCUCAGUCCAGGUAGGUCAAGACGGUUCCACCUGUUUAAUACAGUAGACCACACCGAUAUGAGGGCAUGAAAAAGAGACAGGAGACGACAUUACUUAGCUGCAAUUGACCUCCCAAUGAAAUCUUAGAAAUUGUGAGAUAACUCAAGAUCCUCCGAGAAGGGCAAUGUAAGGUCACAAUAGUCGGCUCCAAACUCCAGCUUCAAAAAUGACUUGGAACUCCACUCCAAUAGUAGUUCUUCCACUUCACAGUUUAGAUAGAGACAAAAAGGAUCUUUAUUUGUAGAUAAAUAAUUAAAUACUUCCACCGGCUAGAUCUUUACGCAGUAACUGUGAGGCAUCAAAUCUGUAUAUAUUGAAUAAAAUGGCCUAAGAGCCAGGAUGUAAUGGAUUAAGAAAGAACAGGCGAGACCCCGCUUUUACUGAAUCGUAUACAGGAAGCUAGACAGCGAUUUACAUCGCGCAACAGUCCGAACCCGAAUCCCCUUGUUUCUCCCCGAUACAUAUGAAAUGUACAAUAUCAUCGAAUGUAUGCAUAAUAGAAUGCAUGCGCUUC